AAGGUCUCAAGGCACAGCACUGGAGCCACAACACAGACAGAGACUUACUCACCCUCAGACAACUGACGGAGAGAGGACACAGAGGAACAAGAGGAAAUAUAUUUACAGGGGAUAUUUCCCCUCAUAUCUUGGUCAGAGAAUCCUCUCCGUUGUGGAUUUUAAAAUAAAACCACUUUACUCUGUUGGCUGCAGCGAAAAGCAAUCACAGCUUGUCGUUUAGUACCACUUGGAUCUGAUGGAAAACUUCAAUUUGAAGCCUGGAGACCACUGCACACAGGAAGGAUUAAUUUUUCAUUAAGAGGGUUGUGCCAUCUUUUGGUAGAAGGAACUUUUUUUUUAAUUUAGUUGGACAAUUUUCAUUACAGCUCUGACCAGAGAUAAAUUCGGAACUGGAUCUAUGUGCUCUGAACUGGAAAAACGAAUAAAAGAUAUCAGGCUAGAGGACAAAACCUUAUAUUUCUCCUCUGAAAGCCUACACUAAAAUUUAUCUCAAGACAAACAUAAUAGACAAACCUUUGGAGUUUGGAAGAUUUUCAACAUAAUAAAACAUUUCUGACACAGCUGGAACACACAAGUUUGUUUUAGCCAUGGCAGAGAUGAGACGAAGGGGCUACAGCAUCCACAGGGAGAUCCUGGAUGAAGAAGCUGUGGAAGAGAUGGCAGAAAAGUCACACUCAAAAACAUCUCUAUGUGACAAGGUCAAAAAUUCAAUGAGGUGUUCUGGUCCCAGGGUGAAGAGCUGCCUGUUGGGUAGUUUUCCUGUUGUGUCGUGGCUGCCUCGUUACUCCAUCAGAGAAAACGCCCUGGGUGAUCUGAUCUCUGGAAUCAGUGUGGGGAUCAUGCAGCUGCCGCAGGGUAUGGCCUAUGCCUUGCUUGCAUCUGUACCCGCAGUCUUUGGCCUUUACUCAUCCUUCUACCCCGUCCUCAUCUACUUCAUCUUCGGCACAUCCAAGCACAUCUCAGUUGGAACAUAUGCGGUGAUGAGUGUGAUGAUAGGUGGGGUGACAGAGCGUUUAGCCCCAGACUCAGAAUUCAUGAAAUGGGAUAAUGAGACCAACUCGAGUGAAGUUGACACCUUUACCCGGGAUGCAGAGAGGGUCAAAAUAGCGGCAGCGGUCACCUUCCUGUCUGGGAUAUUCCAGAUUGUGCUUGGUCUGGUCCAGUUCGGUUUCGUGGUGACCUACCUGUCUGACCCGCUGGUCCGAGGUUACACCACAGGAGCUGCCAUCCACGUCAUUGUGUCACAGCUCAAAUAUACCUUUGGCAUCAGCCCUAUGAGACACAGCGGACCCUUCUCAUUGUUAUACACUGUGGUGGAGGUGUGUUAUCUCAUUCCAGAGACGAACAUCGGGACUCUUGUCGUCAGUAUUGUCGCCAUAGUUGGCCUCAUUCUUGCUAAGGAGCUCAAUGCAUACUUGAGUAAAAAACUACCUGUUCCUAUACCUGUGGAGCUGCUUGGUGUCGUUAUUGCUACGGUAGUCUCCUGGCAAGCUAACUUAAAAGGCAAAUAUGAUGUGGAUGUGGUGGGAGUGAUUCCCUCAGGCCUCCAGCCACCUGUUUUCCCAGAUGCCUCCCUGUUUAGUCAGGUGAUCGGGGACGCCUUCGCUCUGGCUGUGGUUGGCUACGGCAUCGCCAUCUCACUGGGACGAAUCUUCGCCCUGAAAUAUGGAUACAAGGUGGACAGCAACCAGGAACUAAUCGCCCUGGGUCUUAGUAACUCCAUCGGAGGAAUUUUCCAGUGUUUUGCCAUCAGCUGCUCCAUGUCUCGUACCAUGGUUCAGGAGAGCACAGGAGGGAAGACCCAGGUUGCUGGGGCUCUAUCAGCAAUGGUUAUCCUUUUCAUCGCACUCUGGAUUGGAGUUCUCUUUGAAGAUCUGCCCAAGGCAGUGCUGGCUGCCAUCAUCUAUGUCAACCUCCAUGGCAUGAUGAAGCAAUUCAUGGACAUCCCCGCACUGUGGAAGAGUAACAGAGUAGACAUGGUGAUCUGGGUGGUCACUUUCAUCCUCACCGUGCUGUUCAACCCUGACAUGGGACUGGCGGCUGCCAUCGGUUUCUCUAUGCUUACCGUCAUCUUCAGGACACAGCUACCUAAAUACUCCCUGUUAGGGCAGGUCCCAGGUACAGAUAUUUAUAGGCCCGAGGAGGACUACAGUCAGGUGAAAAAGGUGCCAGGUGUUUUGAUCUUCCGCUCCUCUGCCACCCUCUACUUUGCCAAUGCUGAGAUGUACCAAGAUGCCCUGGGAGAGAAGUCUGGCAUUGACAUUACUAAGAUCCUGUCAGCAAAGAAGAAACUAGAGGCUAAAAGGAAGAGGCAUGAGCAGAAAAUUGCCAAGAAAGCCAAGAAGGCUGCCAAGAAGAACAAAACAAACACGGAGGGGGAGCCAGAGGGGGAGGAGCAGAAAGAUGUAGCCGUCAUUGAAGUGGAUGCUGAGCCCGACCCCUCACUCCCCAGAGCCAUCAUCCUGGACCUCAGCCCUGUAAACUUCCUGGAUACCGUGGGAGUCAAGACACUACGCAGCAUCGUCAGAGACUAUGGAGAAAUUGGUAUAAAAGUGGUUCUCGCUUGCUGCCAAACUGGUGUUGUGGACAACCUGCAGACUGGAGGUUUCUUUAACGACAAAGUGACAAAGUCCUGCCUCUUCUCCUCGGUUCAUGACGCUGUUCUACACUGUCAGUCUACAAUAAAACACUGCUAUGAUGAGAGCACCAGCACACAUUUCUGAGUCCUGAGAGGGACAAUGGAAGAUAUUAUGGAGAAGUGACAGACGCUCUGUCUGUUUGAGGAUUGUAUCCACUGAGCUUCAGAUAACUGGGACUCCCGUCUGUCACAAACACAGACACACAAAACUGAAGACACACACACUCACACUGUAACAAACAAACUGCAGUAGACAAUAAGAACACAGCCAGAAACAACAGAAUGCAAAUACAUGACAACAGACUAAUCAUAUGGAACCACACAUUAAUAUGUUGUGCCGUAGCAGAAUGCAACUCAAUGCAAUAAUUCAAAUAAACGAUAAUGCAGUAAACAACACAAACAUAAACACUUGCAGUUAAAAGUGGAAAAAUGAUCAAAAUCAAUGGAGCAGAACCAAAGA